UAUUCCAUUUAUAGUCACUCGAAUUAGUUGAACAGUUCAAGUUCUGUUAACUUUGACUGACGUGGCGGUCAACUCUGACAGUUGACCGUUAAAUGUGUGACGUGAAAAUUAAAAAAUAAAAAUUAAAUUUUUAGAAAUUACACAUCAUUAUCACAAAAAAUUAUAAUUAUAAAAAAUAAAAAGCCGAAUGGAAGCAAAAAUUCCCAAAAUCACUUAUCGCAGCUUCAGCUUCCCAAUUUAUUCAUUACUGAAAGUGGCAAUUCGGACCACUAUCAGUUCUCUGUUCAGCCCUACUCUUCUCUUCCUGAGCCUCCUAUCCGCCUCCGCCGACUAUUCAAACUCGUCGGCGGCGGCAUCAGAAGCAGCCGGCGGUGGUAUCGGACAAUGCUUCACGUCACUGUUCAGCUUCGGCGACUCCGUAAGCGAAACCGGCAACCAGAUGCUGCUGGGUAAGUGCCCUCACUGUUGCUUCCUACCAAACGGCGAAACUUACUUCGGUCGCCCGACUGGUCGCUGCUGCAACGGGCGUCUCAUCGUCGACUUCAUUGCUGAGAAAUUGGGGCUUCCUCUGCUGACGCCGUUUCCGGGAGAGCUGAAGAGCAGCAAUUUCCGGUUCGGGGCAAACUUGGCGGAGGGAGGCGCGUCGGCCUUUGAAGAGCAGCAACGUACGUGGCAUCGUGACCACGUAGUAGCGGCCGUCUCGGCCACCGAUGGCAUUGCGGCCGAAGCCGAUGGCGCAGUUGGCCAGGCGCUUGCGGUGGGAUUGCCAGUUGGGGUCGCAUCGCCAGCAGUCGUCGAUAUGAUUGCCCGUGAAACAAGACAAGUAUCCCAACUUCCUUCUCGUCAUGUUGUUCCUAAUGCUCCUGUAAACAAAGAUUCAUGGUACGUAACAGAUUAACAGCUAAUCUAAAGAGAGUGGGGAAAUAUAACGAGUAAUGGCUUCUAUAAUGUGGGAGAUGGAGCAAUUAUGGUUGGGAAGGAUUUUUUUUUCAUUUUUUAUAAUUAUAAUUUUUUGUGAUAAUGAAGUGUAAUUUCUAAAAAUUUAAUUUUUAUUUUUUAAUUAUUUUUUAUUUACCACGUCACACAUUUAACGGUCAACGAUUAGAGUUGACCGCCACGUCAGUCAAAGUUAACAAAGAGAGUGACCGAACUUGAACUGUUCAACUAAUUCGAGUGACUAUAAAUGGAAUAAAUUAAUUUGAAUGGCAAACGUGAAAUUUUAUAGCAAUUCGAGUGACCAAACUUGCAAUUAAGCUUGAAAUCACAUACGGUUCAAAAGUAUCAAAACCCUCUCGCACAUGGCAAGCCAUAUGCGCUGCUUACCAAUCGUCACAAACUCAUUAUUUCCUUUCUCAAACUGGAAGAUAUCUCUGUAUAGAGAGAGUUCAUAGUCAGGGAAAAGGUUUUGCACACUAGACUUUCCCACAGUAACAAGAACAUGAAACAACUAUCUCGCAUAUACAGUGUCGUGUUUCGGUAAAUCCUUUGAGCAGUAAGUAAGCACCCUAUAGACCUGAAGCUUGGGAAUUGAGAUAACUAGACCAGUUAACAACCUUACAACCACCAACUGACAAUUUAACACCAACACAGUAUUUGCAAACAACUGCAUCAUUGAACUUUGAACUACAUCACGUACCAAUAUGAAUCAAAAUUGGGUAAGGAAACAGGAGGGGAAAAGAAGGUAAGAUUCAAGUAUAAUAAGAUUAUCGAAGCUCAUUGCACCUCAUUGCACCGAAGAAGCUUUUCCAUACCUUCAUCUCUUCCACACAGGACACUGAUACUCCAUCCAGCCCUCGGCAUUCACAGUUUUUGUUCCAAAACAUCCCAGAAAAUCAUAAGCAGGAGAAAAAUAGUGCCAAAGGACCCAGUGGUUCUUGAUUAAUAGAACUAACUGUAUUUAUUUCAACCUGGAGAAGGAAAGACCAAAACUGAACACUAAUUCCGUUUUCUAUGGCUACUAGGUAUUGGGACCAACAAUGAACACCUACAACGCUUUUCGACAUCAUAAUUCAUAAUUUUAUCACCCAGUAAUCGUUAACACCUUAACCCACUCCCUUCCCGCCUUACAGCUCAAGAUUGAAUGACGGCCAGGAAGGUAAUCAAAAAAGAGGACAUUCAAAAUUUAUACACCACCUGUUUGCUGGCAGUGAACGCCAUCCCUGAUCUUCAAGGCAGUUUUGACAUGGCCACAGAUUUUACAAUUUGAUUGGCCUUCCUCGUUUCCAAUAUCAAGUUAUCAAGGCAACCACAGCCAGAAGAAUAGAUAUAUUCCCAGGUAUUUUCACAAAGGAAAAAAGAUCACUUAUCUCGAAGCCUGGUGAUACCUGUUCCCAUAAAUAAAGGAUACAAAUUUAAGCUUUGUUCUUCAGGCAGGAAAGUUGAAUACACACUACCAUAAAAAAAAAGUGUUGAAUACACACUAUUGGUCAGCAAUCAUAGUUCUAGCUCCUGAAUCUACGAAUAAAAACUUUUGAUAUGUUCCUUAAAACUCUAACGAAGUUGUUAGAUAUUUCACGUCCAUAAAAUUGUGCUGCAAGUCAGUCAACAGAACUGAUGAGAAGAAAUCGUGACAAGAACAUAGGGCAGAUUUGUAGGUUUUAGGUUACGUUCAGGACACCUCAGAAUGGAAGACUGACCUGACCUGCUUGGAAUUAGUUGUGUAUCGGGUCACUUUCCCUGGAUGAUUCUGUAGUUGAGGAUCAGAUCCUCAGGUUUCUUCCAUAUAUAAGCUCGCACUGUGGCCAAACUCAUUUCAGGGGACAGGACCUAGAAAAAAAAUACCAAACGUCAGCCAGUAACAGAGAAAGGUUCGAUUCUAACACACAGAAGAGGGAUGAUGAAUUGCAUAGAAGGUUUAAAUAUGAUUACUGCAGUCUACUGACAGCAAGGAGGAAUAGAAAAACCAGGGUACCAAUGAUCUUGAUAUAAGAGCCAGACAAGCAUCUGAAAUAUAUAUAUAUAUAUGAUGGUGUCUUCGGUGCACUCAUUUUUUUGGUGCAUUCAGUGCACUCGCUUCAUAACCGUCAUUUUAAACAUGUGAUUUAUGUCAAAAUGAUGUCAAUCAUCACUUAUGAUGUGAUGAACAAUACAUACAUGAAUUUGCACAAAAACCAUUGAAGAUUUACUUUAAUUUGAAGGAUUUAGAGUUUAGAGAUUUAGGGUUAGGAUUUACAAUUUGGGGUUUAGGGCUUUGGGUAAUCCACUAAUUAGUUGUUAUCAUAUGUUAUAUCAUCAUAUUACACUAAUUCUACAAAUUAAAAUUCAAAAUCCAACACCUUAAAACUAGUUUUUCCAAUUGGGUGCAUUGAACGCACUCAUUUUUGUGAGUGCACCGAAGUAGUAUAUCCUAACCCUUAAUGAGUGAAUCCUAGGUCUUAAUUAUCUAAAUCAUAAACUAUAAACCCUAAGAUGGUGCAUUGAUUUUUUGCCUAAAUUUGGACGAAUCAUAACCGUCGAUUAUUAUUUCUAAUUAAAUUGAUCUUGGAUAUAAGAUUUAGAGAAUUAAGACAUAGAUUUUGAUCUUUAAGGGUUAGAGUAUAAUAUCAUGUCCGAAAGAUCAGUCAAUUCAAGUUCUGGAUAGCGUUUUCUUACUCAAGGUAUGCGGUACCCAGAAUUUCACUCUGGGUACCGUAGAACUCCUCAUAUAUAUAUAUAUGUCAGAUUGGUGUACUCCUGGAGUAUACUGGAGUAUCCAGGUACUUUUAGCGAGAUAUCACUACCCAGACCAUGAAUUAAACCGAGUUUGAGGCAUGAUACUAUACCCUAACUUCUAAUGGAUAAACAGCAGGCCCUGAU